GCCAGGGCGUACGCGCGCGACGCCCUGCAACGUAUAGCGCCGGCAAGCUGCAAGGAUGGAAUGAAUGUCUCUACAUGGCGCACGCAGUGUGCAACGCAAUCAUCAUGCCAGCAUCCAGCCUCGACUCGCGACUGCUCCUUGUUUGUUUCGCCGCAGCCAGCCGCCUCCCAUUGGCGCAUUCACGCCCGCGCAUGUCCAGGAUGGGGCAAUGAAGCUUAUAGCUCUUCGCAAUCGGCAAAGUCGUCCGCGAGAGCUCUGAACACGGUUUAAUCCGAGGCGCAACUUUCUUCAUCUUGGCACGAGGGGAAAGUCCGAUCGAUGCG